CGAAGGGAGGAAUGCAGGUGUCAUUGUUUGUCUUAUCCGGAAGACUCAGCAGUUAUUGGUCAUCAAAGAAAAAAAUGUUCAUUUUUCGGCAACCUUCUUCAAGUAAAGCCAACCAUCAUUCAUAGAAUAUCUUAUUACUCAUUUCACCAAAAUAUUUUGAUCGUUCCCUGCACUUAGUCAUUGGCAUAAACUGCUCUUUUCAAAUUACUCAUUUUCAUUCAUCUACUUUCAUUCCUACCAUGGCAGCAGAAAUGGUUGCUGGUGCUCUUGUUUCUACUUUCGUUCAGAAGACAAUUGACAGUUUGGCUUCUCGUUUUGUGGACUACUUUCGUGGAAGAAAACUCAAUAAGAAGCUGCUGAGCAAAAUCAAGGUGAAGCUACUAGCCAUCGAUGUUCUUGCUGAUGAUGCUGAACUUAAGCAGUUCAGAGAUGCUCGUGUCAGAGAUUGGCUUUUUAAGGCCAAAGAUGUAGUGUUUGAAGCAGAGGAUCUCUUGGCUGAUAUAGACUAUGAACUCUCCAAAUGCCAAGUAGAAGCUGAAUCCCAGCCCAUUCUUAACCAGGUGAGCAAUUUCUUCAGACCUUCUUCUUUGAGCUCUUUUGACAAGGAAAUUGAAUCAAGGAUGGAACAAAUCCUUGAAGACCUGGAUGAUCUUGAAAGCCGAGGUGGUUAUCUAGGUUUGACAAGGACUAGUGGUGUUGGGGUUGGAUCAGGAUCGGGUAGUAAAGUGUUAGAGAAAUUGCCAUCAACAUCUUCGGUGGUAGAAAGUGAUAUUUAUGGCAGAGAUGAUGACAAAAAAUUGAUCUUGGACUGGAUCACUUCUGACACUGAUGAAAAGCUAUCAAUACUUUCUAUCGUGGGCAUGGGCGGGUUGGGUAAGACCACGCUUGCCCAACUUGUAUACAAUGACCCAAGAAUAGUGAGUAAGUUUGAUGUCAAAGCUUGGAUCUGUGUUUCAGAGGAAUUUGAUGUUUUCAACGUAUCAAGAGCAAUUCUUGACACGAUUACUGAUUCGACUGAUGAUGGUAGAGAGCUAGAAAUAGUUCAGAGAAGACUAAAAGAAAAAUUGGCAGAUAAAAAAUUUCUCCUCGUUUUGGAUGACGUUUGGAACGAAAGCAGGCCUAAAUGGGAAGCUGUGCUGAAUGCUCUUGUUUGUGGAGCUCAGGGAAGUAGGAUCCUUGUCACAACACGCAGUGAGGAAGUUGCUUCUGCCAUGAGGUCAAAAGAACACAAGCUGGAGCAAUUACAAGAAGAUUAUUGCUGGCAAUUGUUCGCAAAACAUGCAUUCAGAGAUGAUAAUCUUCCACGAGAUCCAGGAUGCCCAGUGAUUGGUAGGAAGAUUGUUAAAAAAUGUAAAGGACUUCCUCUGGCCUUGAAGUCAAUGGGAAGUCUAUUACACAACAAACCAUUUGCCUGGGAAUGGGAAAGCGUGUUCCAAAGUGAAAUAUGGGAAUUAAAGGACAGUGGUAUUGUUCCUGCUUUAGCAUUGAGCUAUCACCACCUUCCUCUCCAUCUCAAGACAUGCUUUGCUUACUGUGCUUUAUUCCCCAAGGAUUAUGUGUUUCACAGGGAGUGUUUAAUUCAGUUGUGGAUGGCUGAAAAUUUCCUAAACUGCCAUCAAGGCAGUAAGAGUCCAGAAGAAGUUGGCCAGCUGUACUUCAAUGAUUUACUAUCAAGGUCCUUCUUUCAACAAUUAAGCGAAUAUAGAGAAGUAUUUGUCAUGCAUGACCUUCUAAAUGAUUUGGCAAAAUAUGUUUGUGGGGACAGCUAUUUCAGGUUGAGAGUUGAUCAAGCAAAAUGUACACAAAAAACAACCCGUCAUUUUUCAGUUUCAAUGAUUACCGAACGAUAUUUUGAUGAGUUUGGAACUUCAUGUGAUACUAAAAAAUUGCGUACAUUUAUGCCAACAAGCCACUGGCCUUGGAAUUGCAAGAUGUCGAUACAUGAAUUGUUCUCCAAGUUAAAGUUCUUACGCGUCUUAUCUCUGUCUCACUGUUUAGACAUUGAAGAGCUGCCUGACUCUGUUUGCAAUUUUAAACAUCUUCGUUCGUUAGACCUUUCCCAUACUGGCAUUAAAAAACUACCUGAAUCCACAUGUUCACUCUACAACUUGCAAAUACUGAAGCUGAAUCAUUGUGGAUCUUUGAAGGAGCUGCCCUCGAAUUUGCAUGAACUCACCAAUUUGGGUGUUUUAUCUUUGUCUUCAUGUCAUUACCUUACAGAAGUGCCCAACUCUGUAGGCGAUCUUAAACAUCUUCGUUCUUUAGACCUUUCCGAUACUGGCAUUAAAAAACUACCUGAAUCCACAUGUUCACUCUACAACUUGCAAAUACUGAAGCUGGAUGAUUGUAGAUCUUUGAAGGAGCUGCCCUCGAAUUUGCAUAAACUCACCAAUUUGCAUCGCCUUGAAUUUGUAAAUACUGAAAUUAUAAAGGUGCCACCACAUCUGGGAAAGUUGAAGAAUCUUCAAGUAUCCAUGAGUUCGUUUCAUGUUGGUAAAAGUAGCAAGUUCACUAUUCAGCAAUUAGGAGAGCUCAAUCUUGUUCAUAAAGGAUUAUCAUUUAGGGAGCUGCAGAAUAUUGAGAAUCCCUCAGAUGCAUUAGCUGCAGAUUUGAAAAAUAAAACACGCCUUGUGGAACUAGAGUUUGAAUGGAAUUCGCACCGGAACCCUGAUGAUUCUGCCAAAGAAAGGGAUGUAAUUGUAAUUGAGAAUCUACAACCUUCCAAACACCUGGAGAAGUUGUCAAUCAGGAACUAUGGUGGUAAACAAUUCCCUAAUUGGUUAUCCAAUAAUUCUUUAUCAAAUGUGGUGUCCUUAGAGUUGAGAAACUGUCAAUCUUGCCAACAUUUGCCUUCCCUUGGACUUUUGCCAUUUCUCAAGAAACUUGAGAUUUCAAGUCUUGAUGGGAUAGUGAGCAUUGGUGCUGAUUUUCAUGGGAAUAGCUCCUCUUCAUUUCCAUCGUUGGAAACAUUGAAGUUCUCCUCUAUGAAAGCAUGGGAAAAAUGGGAAUGUGAAGCUGUGAGAGGUGCUUUUCCAUGUCUUCAAUAUCUUGAUAUAAGCAAAUGUCCAAAGCUGAAAGGUGACCUCCCAGAGCAACUUCUUCCUUUAAAGGAGCUAGAAAUUAGUGAGUGCAAACAACUUGAGGCUUCAGCUCCCAGGGCUCUAGUACUAGACCUGAAAGACACUGGAAAGCUGCAACUGCAACUUGACUGGGCUUCUUUGGAAAAGCUCAGAAUGGGCGGACACAGCAUGAAAGCAUCGUUGCUGGAAAAGUCUGAUACUUUGAAAGAACUGAAUAUUUAUUGUUGCCCGAAAUAUGAAAUGUUUUGCGAUUGUGAAAUGAGUGAUAAUGGAUUUGACUCUCAAAAGACUUUUCCGCUAGAUUUCUUCCCAGCACUCAGGACCCUUCGUCUCAGUGGCUUUCGUAAUCUACAGAUGAUUACACAGGAUCAGACCCAUAAUCAUCUUGAAGUUCUGGCAUUCGGUAAGUGCCCUCAGUUAGAAUCAUUGCCUGGAAGCAUGCAUAUGCUGCUUCCAUCUCUGAAGGAGCUAGUAAUAAAAGAUUGUCCAAGAGUUGAGUCGUUCCCUGAAGGAGGUUUGCCAUCAAAUCUAAAAAAGAUUGAACUCUAUAAAUGCUCAUCCGAACUCAUAAGAUGCUCGUCCGGACUCAUGGCCUCACUGAAAGGGGCUUUGGGAGACAAUCCCUCUCUGGAAAGCUUGGGGAUAGGAAAGCUGGAUGCGGAAUCUUUUCCUGAUGAAGGUUUACUGCCACUCUCUCUUAUUAAUCUAAGCAUAUAUGGUUUUCCAAAUCUAAAAAAACUGGACUACAAGGGGCUCUGUCAGCUCUCCUCUCUCAAGGAAUUGAUUCUUGAUGGCUGCCCCAACCUCCAACAGCUACCAGAGGAGGGUCUUCCCAAUUCCAUUUCAAAUCUUUGGAUUAUUAACUGCCCCAACCUCCAACAGCUACCAGAGGAGGGUCUUUCCAAUUCCAUUUCAAAUCUUUCUAUCAUAGCCUGCCCCAACCUCGAGCAGCGUUGCCAGAACCCAGGAGGCCAAGACUGGCCAAAGAUUGCCCACAUUCCAACUGUACGAUGUACAUCUUAUUUUAGGGAUAGAAGAGAUCUUUGUGUAAUAAUGUGAAGAGUUUACUUUUAAAGAGAUAAUUGUAUUUCUUAUAUAAUAAAAGUAUAUUAUAAUAAAAAGUGAUAUUAUCUCUUAAA